CCACCUCAAAUACGUAAAUAUCAUACCAUUCACUUUAGUAACAGAGUUCAAGAGCUUGAAAUGGCCUCCAAGGCUGCUGCAACCACUGCUCUUCUCCUCUCCCUAAACAUUCUCUUUUUCACUUUGGUCAGUUCAACUUACGUCCCUUGCCCACCACCACCGGCACCAAAGACUCCAAAAUGCCCUUGCCCCCCAAAGAACGCUCCGAAGAACCCUCCAGCUAAGCCUGUUCAGGCCACUUGCCCAAGGGAUACCCUAAAGUUAGGGGUAUGUGCCAACUUACUGAAUGAUUUGGUUCACAUUGUUGUGGGAACCCCACCAAAGACCCCUUGCUGCAGUCUCAUCCAGGGUCUUGCUGACCUUGAAGCAGCUGUCUGCCUUUGUACUGCCAUCCAAGCCAACGUUUUGGGCAUUAAUCUCAAUGUCCCUGUCUCCUUGAGCUUGCUUUUGAACUACUGUGGAAAAAACAUCCCACAGGGGUUCCAAUGCGCCUAGACGUUCAUUGCUGCCAUGCACAAUCGACAUUCUCUCCAUCCUUCUUGGCGGAAAAUAAAUCCUUGGAGUCAUUUUCUACCCAUUUCAUGAUCUUUUUUGGGUUACUUUUAUUGGUUUUGUUUUAAGUAUCAUAUCAUGUAUGGUUUUGAGGUGGUUUAGUUGUGGAUAAAUGCAUCCCAACUACAGCCCUAAUGAAACAAAGAGACCCAUAUGCUUGGGGAAGUAAUAAAAGCAUCUAUUCUUU